GCUGCACCACCCCUCCUGACUGUAGGACUGUCCUCCACCCCCAACACCACCCCCAAAAGCAACCUGAUACCGGAGACGAGCGGUCCAGACAAGCCUGCAAACGAGGCGUUCCCCGCCGCCCUGCCUGUCUGUCUGCCCAGCGGAGCUCCAGACCGUCAAUGCCAAACGCUACUGACUGCCUAGGGGAAGAUCCGAGCCAGAGAUAUCCAACCCCUAACCCCGUCGUCUGCCACAUCGGGAGUACGGAUCUCCGUCUAUCGCAACCCAGAAGAAGAUCACUGUUGGCGCCGUUGACUUGUGACUGAUCCCCCCUCCCCUACAACGAACGGGACCCGGAGAACUAACUGGCUAGCUGUUAGGCUAACAUCGGUUAGCGUCGAUAGCAGUCAGCUUGCAACCGAACCGAGCUAAUUGGCUAACGUUUAAAUGCCAAAUGUUCACCUCUCGUGCGAAAGGGUGGACUAUUUUUUUAAAAACGUACAACUGAGAAUGGCCUGUACGUACUAAUUUUAGUUGUGCAUCGGUUCUUUUUGCGAUAUUUAUCUUCUUUGCCUAAGUUUUCUAGUACCAGACAGUAGCCCUAGGCAGCUAGCAUGUCAGCUAGCAGAUAUGGACGUUGUUGGCUGGCUCGUUGCAGAUGGCAGAUCAGCCAAACAAGUUAGCUUCUCGGUGUAUCUGUCCGGGCUGUGCGGGAGUCGAUAGCAGGACCAACUUUUAUUGACAUUAAAUGUUAGUUAUAAAAUCACGACAAUCGACUCCAACACGACUUUGCCUCUUUUUUGGAUCAUUUUUCUAUGUGUUGUUCCAUGCCUGAGAGAUCAGUUCAAGUUAUUGAGCUGACGUGAGGAGAAGAGUGUGAAAACAAAGUGGUAUCUGCAAAAAUAAGAGGAGCAGAAGAAGUAUAACGAGACUUGAAGGAGCAGCAACUACGAGACUACACUGUCAUGGCUGUGAGCCGAAUCACGAUGAAAUCACUCGCUAAAUAUGGGUUUUGCCUGACGAUUCUCCUGACUUCUGUGGCUGCGGCGCAGGAAGAGGAGAGGGAGUGUGCCUUCACUGACCAGCAGCAGCAGUGGGAGACGGACCGAGUGGCCGGGAGCGAAGGCCGCGUCUCCCCAGAGAACACCACCAUCCGAUGUGCCAAGGGCAGCCAUUGCUUUGGUCUGUGGAAGAAAAGUCCUCCAGGCGAAGUGCGACUGGUCAAACAAGGUUGCUGGUCUUACCUGGAUGACCCCCUAGGUUGCCGUGACGACCGCUGCGUGGUGACCAACCUCCCUCCGCAGAUGCAGAAUGGGACGUACCUCUUCUGCUGCUGUGGCAGCGACAUGUGCAACGUCAACUUCACGGAGGACUUCCCUCCGCCCAGCCCCACCACGCCACAGCCCAUAUACCCUCACUCUCUGAGCUGGGAAGAGACCAUAAUUAUCGCCCUGGCAACCGUCUCCGUGCUGGCCGUGGUUGCUGUAGCAGCCUUCUUUGGUUACCGCAUGAUAAACGGAGAUGGUAAACAAGGCCUUCACAACCUGAAUAUGAUGGAGGCCGCUGGCUCCGAGAGCUCUCUGGACCUUGACAAUCUCAAACUGCUGGAGCUGAUAGGGCGUGGCAGAUAUGGCGCAGUGUACUGUGGCUCUCUGGAUGAGCGGCCCGUGGCUGUGAAGGUGUUCACUGCAGCCAACCGGCAAAACUUCCUGAAUGAAUGCUCCAUCUACCGGCUGCCGCUGCUGGAGCACGACAACAUAGCCCACUUCGUUGCUGCCGACGAGCGGACAGGCCCUGAGGGACGCACAGAGUUCCUGCUGGUCAUCGACUAUUGCCCACAUGGAUCUCUGAGUCGCUACCUGGGCCUCCAGAUCAACGAUUGGGUCGGCAGCUGUCGGCUCGCUCAUUCCGUCACCCGUGGCCUGGCGUACCUACACACUGAGCUCUUCAAAGGAGACGUGUACAAGCCAGCCGUGUCCCACAGGGACCUGAACAGUCGCAAUGUUCUUGUCAAGGCUGACGGCACUUGUGUCAUCAUCGAUUUCGGCCUGUCCAUGAAGCUGACAGGAAACAGGACCGCACGCGCAGGAGAAGAGGAAAACGCUGCCAUAAGUGAGGUGGGGACGAUCCGCUACAUGGCUCCAGAGGUCUUGGAGGGGGCGGUGAACCUGAGGGACUGUGAGUCAGCGCUGAAGCAGGUGGAUAUGUACGCCCUGGGCCUGAUCUACUGGGAGACCUUCAUGAGAUGUACCGACCUGUUCCCUGGGGAGUCAGUGCCAGAUUACCAGAUGGCGUUUCAGGCGGAGGCAGGGAACCACCCGACGUUUGAGGACAUGCAGGUCCUGGUGUCCAGGGAGAAGCAACGGCCCAACUUCCCAGAGGCCUGGAAAGAGAACAGUUUGGCGGUCCGCUCUCUGAAGGAGACGAUGGAGGACUGUUGGGACCAGGACGCAGAGGCCCGCCUCACAGCACAGUGUGCAGAGGAGCGACUGGCAGAGCUGCUCAUCAUAUGGGACCGCUCCAAGUCUGUCAGCCCUACACUGAACCCCAUGUCCACAACCCUGCACAAUGAGAGAAAUCGCAUGACGCCAAAAUCCGGCCCAUACACAGACCACCCCUCUACUUACAUUGAGGAGCAUGAGGGCGUUGCCAAGAACACGCAGGGGGACACCACUGGCUCUGUGAGUGGUCGGGCUGGGGCCGGUACUGGGACCGGAGAAAGAAACAGGAACUCCAUCAACCAGGAGCGCCAGCAGCAAGCCAACGCCCGCCUGCCCAGUCCAGAGGGCAGUAGCACCAGCAUGGGGCUGAGAGGCAGCCCAUCAGCCUCCACCACCACCACCACUAUCAUCUCUGACUCUGAGGGACCUGCAGGGACCUCAGUCCCCGUCUGCCUCCACCUGACCCAGGAGGACCUGGAAACCACCAAGCUAGACCCGAAAGAAGUAGACAAGAAUCUGAAGGAGAGUUCGGAUGAGAACCUGAUGGAACACUCACAGAAACAGUUCUGCUCUCCAGAUCCGCUGAGUCCCGGCAGCUCCAGUCUCCUCUACCCGCUAAUCAAGAUGGCAAGUGAGGCAGCAGGCACAUCAGACCCCGCCGCCCCCAUGCCCUCCACCAUCUUCCCCCUGCCCAAGCAGCAGAACUUGCCGAAAAGGCCGUCCAGUCUGCCCCUGCGCAACAAGCCCCCCAAGAAGGAGUCAUCCUCGUCCUCACUCAGAUUCAAGUUUGGCCGCUCUGGGAAGUCCAACCUGCGGCAGGUGGAGGGAACAAAGAUGAACAUUGGUGCAGUAACAGGCACAAACACAGCUGCAGAAGUUAACCGGGUCCCAGGCACAAACAACACACCCGCUCUACGAGACACGCACCUCAACGGGAGCGCGAAUGGCGCUGCUAACGGUCAUGCCGGUGUAGGGAUCUCCUCCAUGGCUACAGGUGGAGCGACAGGUUUUGGAGGAUCUGGCAUCACUCAAAACGGCUCCGGAGCCCUGAGGUCCGACGACAGCCGCCUCAGCCUUGGUGUCAUCACGGCCAGCCCCGACGAGAACGAGCCGCUCCUGAGCCGCGAGCGAGAGCAGCCGGACCCGAGAGUGAUGUCGUCGAGCGUAGCAGCUCUCCGCUCAGCCCGACCCAACACAAACAACAACAACAGCAACACUGGCCUGGGAAAGGGGAAUGAGAGCGGAGGGGAGAGUGAUGGAGGAGAAGAGGAGGGAAGUGGGGAGGGAGGAAGCAGGGAAACCACAGGGCCCUCAGGAGAGAACUCAGGGUCGGGAUCCGGCGUCGCUGUCCCCCAGGGGGAGCCUUCGGUCAUCAUGAGGGGGGAGGCCCUGCUCAGGCAGCCCAGAGCCCGCAGGCCUGAGAGACCCAACUCCCUGGACCUGUCCUUCACCACACAGGACCUGGCCUCACUAGGGGACGGCCUGCAGCUAGAUGGAGCCUUUGAGACAGGAGAAAAGAUCAAGAAGCGCGUAAAAACACCUUACUCCCUGAAGAAGUGGCGCCCCACCACAUGGGUCAUCUCCACAGACACCAGGGGGCCGGAGGUCAACAACAACGGGUCCUCCCGCGGUCAAGGUCACAGUCAGAACCGGCCCAAGUCCAGUUCGGCCAUCUACCUGCGCGGAGGGAGCUUGGCCAGCGAGCCAAGCGACACCCACGUGUGAACACAGGCUCUGUGACAAGACUGAAAAAAACAACCCAGAAAGCGUUUGGUUUCUGUCUGUUGAGCUCUCAAUCAGCAAGAGGAAGCUAUGGAGUGUCUUGUGAACAAACAUUUGAGUCUGAUGGUGUACAGUAAUUAGGUCUGUCUCACUCCUGUGUGUCUUUCUGAUGAUGGCAUUGCUUUAAAUGGAAUCCAGCUAUGCAGCAUUCUCAUCUGCUUCUGUUUCCGCGUUUUUAAUAGUCUCCCUUCUUCGGUUUUGUUUCAUGUUUCGUCCUAAUGAGCAUAGCAAUGUUUUGAAUGGAUAUCUUUCUUUCUAUGUGCACUUUGAACCAACUAAAAUCAGUGUUUAGAAGUCCUGUCUGUUGCGACCACCACAAGAAGUGGUCUCUAAACUUAAAAAGGCGAUGAAAAACAAUCAACGCUUUGAGCGUUCUUUCUCAACCUAGCUGGAUCAAGCAAGGUUUGAGAGCAGGCUCUGUAAAAUAAUUGACGGUCUUAAAAGACAGAACAAACUACUAUUUCAAACAAAUGUAUUUCCUUGAUUUGUAUGCAAUACCAAUUUUUGUCUUUUUCGACGAUGUAUCCAUUUUUUGUAUCAUAAUUUUUAAUUGUGCAAUAGGAUUUAGCUUUUAGAUGCUUUCAAUGUUUUACCGCUUUCUUCAUUUUGUUUUAUCCCGUUUUUAUUUUGAUAUGUUAAUCUUUGUUGCACUUAUGAAUCGUCACAAUCAUUUUUUAAACAAUCCACCUUAACACUUUCCCCCCGAAUCAAGAGGAGAAAAUGGAUGACAAUCCUGCUCUUUCCUUCUUCUCUGGACUAUUUUUAAGGGGGCACAAACACUAACAAUCAAUCGCAGCUGACUGAAAAAGUGGGUUUUCAUAAAACUCCUCUGCUUGCACAAUUACACCAGGAAUGGCUCAGACUUUGGGGUCUUUUAACACUACAAUCACCAGAAUCAAAUCUAUGGAGAGAUCUGUUACAGUGAACAACUCAAUCACUGUACCACUAUCAGCUGACCUCACUGUGGACUGUCUGUAUGCGCCUGAAAGACCAGAAACACUAGAAAGCCCAGAUUCUGCUUUUUGAACUCUGUUGGAAAUCAGAAAAUAGUCUCAAAGAAACCAAACCCCUCUGAAGCACGCUGGAUAUAAUUUCUGCUUGUUGUCUCAUCCCUCGAUGUUGGAAUGACUGAUUCAGUGUGUGUGUGUGUGCAUGUGUUGUGUUCCUUUACGUCAGCAAGCAUUAGAGUUGUCGGGGCCUAGCGCUGUACAGGCGUGCUGAAAUGUCAUUGUACUCAUUCUGUAUUUUCAGCGCUGCUUCAGGGCAUAUGAAGAGAUCUCAUUUAUGUUUUUGUAAUCUGUAAUUUUAUGAAAAAAAACAUAUGUAUGUGUAUUGCAUUGAUAUUUGCAUCAUUUUUAUGGAGUUCUGUUUUGCAUUCAAUGGACAUGGCCUUUAAUUCCAUUGCUAUGCAUCUGCUCGGUACAGUUUCUGUAAACAUUCUCAAGUCAAUAUGGAAGAAAAAAAACUCAAAUAAAUGUAUGAAAUAAC